CGUACUGUGUGUGGGCUGGGUUGAGAGACUCCUCCCAGAGACAACAUCGCUUUGACCCCGGGCCGGGGAGGGACUGACCGAGCCUGGGGGUGUUUUAGUAAAUCCCGGUAUUGUCUCCACCCUGCGGUGGCUAGAGAGGGCGGGUGGCGCUUGGCUGUCAGGGAGUAGAGUGACCCGACUUGGGUCCAGGGCCCUCCCCGCUCGCCUGGCGGCCAGAGCUCCAGCCCUGGGGAGUGGGCAGGGCCUGUUUUCUGUGCCUCACGCCCUGCUUUUCCCCUCUAGCGCUGUUAGCUGCUUUUCCUGCUCUCUCUCCUGGGAGGCGAGUCCUUGAGCCGGAGAUGGCAGCCACCCUGCUCAUGGCUGGGUCCCAGACACCUGUGACAUUUGAAGAUAUGGCCAUGUACCUCACUCGAGAAGAAUGGAGACCUCUAGACCCUACACAAAGGGACCUUUACAGGGAUGUUAUGCAGGAGAAUUACGGAAAUGUUGUCUCAUUGGAUUUUGAGAUAAGGAGUGAGAAUGAUGUGAAUCCAAAGCAAGAGAUUAGUGAAGAUGUAGAAUUUGGAACAACAUCAGAAAGACCUGUUGAAAAUACUGAGGAAAAUCCUGAAAGUGAAGAGACCUUUGAAAACAGUGACAGAUCAGAAAGGCAGUGGGGAGACUUAACAGCAGAAGAGUGGGUAAGCUAUCCUCUUCAACAAGUAACUGAUCUGCUUGUCCAUAAAGAAGUCCACACAACUAUUCAAUAUCAUAUAUGCUCUCAUUGUGGAAAGGCCUUCAGUCAGAUCUCAGAUCUUAAUCGACAUCAGAAAACCCACAAUGGAGAUAGACCCUAUAAGUGUUAUGAAUGUGGAAAGGGUUUUAGUAGAAGCUCACACCUUAUUCAACAUCAAAGAACUCACACUGGGGAGAGGCCCUAUGACUGUAAUGAGUGUGGGAAAAGUUUUGGAAGAAGCUCUCACCUCAUUCAGCAUCAGACAAUUCAUACUGGAGAAAAGCCCCACAAAUGUAAUGAGUGUGGAAAAAGUUUUUGCCGGCUGUCUCACCUAAUCCAGCACCAAAGAACCCACAGUGGGGAAAAACCCUAUGAGUGUGAGGAAUGUGGGAAAAGUUUCAGCCGGAGCUCACACCUAGCACAGCAUCAGAGGACCCACACAGGUGAAAAGCCUUAUGAGUGUAAUGAAUGUGGGCGAGGCUUCAGUGAGAGAUCUGAUCUCAUCAAACACUAUCGAGUCCACACUGGAGAGAGACCCUACAAGUGUGAUGAGUGUGGGAAGAAUUUCAGUCAGAACUCCGACCUUGUACGCCAUCGAAGAGCUCACACAGGAGAAAAGCCAUACCACUGUAAUGAAUGUGGGGAAAAUUUCAGCCGCAUCUCACACUUAGUUCAGCACCAGAGAACCCACACUGGUGAGAAACCAUAUGAAUGCAAUGCUUGUGGGAAAAGCUUCAGCCGAAGCUCUCAUCUCAUAACACACCAGAAAAUUCACACUGGAGAGAAGCCCUAUGAGUGUAAUGAGUGUUGGCGAAGCUUUGGUGAAAGGUCAGAUCUAAUUAAACACCAGAGAACCCACACUGGAGAGAAGCCCUAUGAGUGUGUGCAAUGUGGAAAAGGUUUCACCCAGAGCUCUAACCUUAUCACACAUCAGAGAGUUCAUACAGGAGAAAAACCUUAUGAAUGUACAGAAUGUGAGAAGAGUUUCAGCCGAAGCUCAGCUCUUAUUAAACAUAAGAGAGUUCACACAGACUAAGUCCUAUAAUGAUAAUGACUGGAAAAUUAUUCCUUUGAAGGUACAGUUUAUUUUCUAACACAGAGCUCUUUCAAAACUGAGUUUCUUUCACUGUCCUAAAUUUCCUUGUUGUGGGACAUAGUUUAAAUCAUCAAAGAACAAGUCGUUUGAAAUUCUGACCCACAACUUUGGGAAUGUUAUUCCCAAUUCCAAAAAAGUAUUUAAAGUCACUCAGUCCUGACAAAUUACUUCAUCAAAAUCAACCCCAUUUAUAACUGGAAGUCUGAAGACAAGGAGAUAAAUGCUAGUAAAUGCUCAGGCCUAGAAAUGGAGUAUUAUCUUAUAAAGUUAUUCUCCUAUCAUUGGUCCAAAGAACGUUGCUGGGGGAAUAUUGGCCUGUAAUAAGGUGGUCAUAGCUGCCUUCCAGAAACUUUGAAUUUCCAUGCCUGUUCACUCACCAUAGUCAUUAUGCACACUCACCUUCCCCUUUAAAGGGCUUUUUCUUUGUGUUGCUCAUAUAUUUGUACCUUUCUGCCUUUCUGACAGCAAAAGUCUGCAUGAUGAAGGCAAUAAUCUUAGCUUUUCUCUUUCUCAUUGUUUCUAAUUAACCUUGUUAAAGCUUGCAUUUUUGUGAAAGCUAAUUGAAGAUGUAAGUUGAAAGAUCAGACAGGUUUUCGGACCAAGGACUCAUUAAUGGUGGUGACUUUAGCACAAGAUGCCUGCUAUCGCUAUUGCCACUAGUCAGAAUUUAUUGCUUUUUCUCUGGGGAUCACUGUGGAGAAAAUAUCUUCAAGGGAAGUUAGGAUUGUAAGUGAUGGAAUAUAAGGAGCAAGUGGAACUGACCAUUUCAGGAAAGGAAAUACAAAGUCUCUUCCCCAGAAACAGGUCAUUUUUGUGUUCUUUCCCCUCUAUCCUUUAAGAUCAGUUCUCCCUAUACUACUAACUCUAUAAGACUUAAUAAGAGUCACAACCCAGUGUCUAUCUUAGCUUGCAAAAGAGCAUGUAUAUGUACAGUAAAAUGUGUAUGUCUUUGGUUUUUCCAAUAGCAGAAGUUAAAUUCACACUGAGCAUGUUUUUGGGUGAUAACUGAUCUUGUGACAGAACUACAGACAACUCCAAUAGAAGAAAAAGUCUUUUUUUUCAUUAUUUAUGAAAAAUAAUUAAAUACUAGUGCUCUGGUGUGCACUCUCCUGUAGAUUCUGUCUUUUUACAGAACUAAGCACUUACUAAUAUGUAUCAGUCAAAUGUAGGAGAGAAUGACUGGACAAAGAUUAUCCUAUUCUCACACUGGAUUACCUUCUCUUUGGCCUAGUCACAAGGAGUUAGUAAACCUAUAUAGAAUGUAUUUCCAUGUUUUCAUCCUCCCAACCUACAGAUGGUGGUUAAAAUAUAAGUGUUUACCCAAUGUAAACUCAGUAGUGUCAGUUUUCUUUUUCUCAACCCAAAAUGGAAUAAAAACACAUCCAAAAUGCUCAUAUUUAUCUAAGAAUGUAGAGGUGUAGAGGUGGGAGUAGAGGGAAUUGAUGUCUGGGAGAUGGGACUGAAGUAAUAAAUUUUUUUGACAGUGCCCUAAAAUAUUUUUGCUGUGCUUUUAUGUGAAUGUUGUUACCAUUUAAAAAACACUUUUACCAUAGCUCUUUGGGAUUUGUUGUAAGAGGAGCCAGACAUCUCUCUUGGGUAGUGUGUUAUACUAAGUUAUUGCCACUCACAGCCGUGUGGCACUGCAGCUUUGGCAAAUGGCACAAACUCAAAAGUGACAAAAUGAAAAACCAACUCCCAAAGAUGUUUCUUUGCUUUAUUACUUCAAUUUAAAUACAUUCUUAAGCAGGGAACAUGGUUUUUGUUCCAUAUAAAAUCCAACAAAAGUGGGCACACUCAAAAUUUUAAUAGUUGAAUGAUUUACAUGUUUUUAGUGACUAAUUCAGAAUUCCUUUUCCUGCAAUAGUGUUGCAGGAAAUGUUUUAAUAUCAAAUUUCUCUGUUGUCCCUGUGAGUUGCUACAGACAUCAACUUUGGAGUUUGGAGUGGCCACACAAGACAGCAUCUCUAUGACUUAAAAAUAGCCCCUCCUUUUCCUUCCCUACUCCUGCCCCACCUCAAUGUGUUCUUGCUGCUGCUUUUUGGCUUCUAAGUACCCCAGCCAUCACUCUAUACGUGCAUACUCCAGCUGAAAUAUUCAGAGGACAAACUCCAAGUCAAUCAGCUGUGUCCUGUCUGCCAACUGUUGCCCAUAUGCCAUGUUGAACUUUGUGUAGAAGUUGCAUUAAAUUCGUUGUUAAUGCUUCUUGCAUGCCUUCUACUCCCAAUUCUCUGGCUGCUUCUGAAUAGGCCCUUAACACUUUGUGCCUGUUUAUUAUGGUUGUGGAGAGUGAGUAAACAAGUAAGUUUGUAGAGCAGUUUUCCUUAUGGUAUUGUCACAGUUAUCCUGCUGUCUAUCAACAUCUGUACUACUAUAACAGUAUUCUGUAAUUAAAAGUUUACUUUUUAAAAUCAAAAAGGUGAGAAUGAAUAUGAUGACUUUUUAUCAGAUACACUAAAAUCUAGCACAAAUGGUUUUUACAAUGAUACAUUUGUUUAGAGACUUGGUAAUAUAGUGUUUUCACA